AUGGACGACUGCGAGUUAGUGGAGUUUUUAUUGAAUGAUGAUUUCAAUAAAGAAAAGAACCUUUUAAAUGGACCUUUGGAUGAAACUUCGAAUAACAUAGACAAAAACGACAACAUUAGCAAGGAUGAUGGUAAUAAUAAGAAGAAGAUAACACAAGAAAACUUAAGAGGUAGAAAUGAUUUGAAUUCAACAAAGAAAGAAAAUGAUGAUAAUGAGAUUACUAUCACCACUGGUAUUAGGAAUGUAUAUAAGAAGGAGAAGGAUGAUAAUACAGAUAAUUUAAGUUCAACAGAGUCAGAAUUUUUGGAUGAUUUGGAUAAUAUUAUUAUGUCAACAAACUUUACUGAAAGUUCUAAAAGAAAUAAAAUUAAAAAAGAUAAAACCAUAAAAGAAAAUAAUAGAAGGCAUAAGAAUGACAUCACAACAGAAGAUCAAUCCAUUCAAAAUGAAUCAAGGUCAAAUAUAUUCGCCUCAAUAAACGAAUCUGAUCUAAUUGUACUGAAUGCAGAUGCACAAUCGAAAAUUAAACUAAAUGAUCGAACAGCCGUAAUUAAAAUUCAAAUAUUCAAUAAUGAUACUGGUAAGCUUGAUAAAGAGACGCCCUUUAGAAUAAUUAAUGCUGAUAAAUUAGUAUUGAAAACUUUUAAAUCUAAAUCUAAUUCAAAAGAUGGAUCAGAGAAAUCCAGUAAAAAAUGUGAUAAUAAAUCUAAUAAUAAGCCUAAUAGUAAUAAUAACAAUAAACUUUCCUUUCAAUUUAAACUAACUGCAUCUGAUAUGACUCCGAAAAAGAUCAAUACAAAUAACGAUACAUCACAAAAUACUAUAAAGAAUAAUGAAUAUAUUGAUCAAAAGAAUAAGAUAAAUCAAAAAGAUAGUAAAACUAAAAAAAGAAGAGAUAAGAAAAAAAAUAUGAAGCAAUCAAACAAAACUAGCCCAAAGAAUAUGGAACAGAAGAAGGAUAGAAAUAACUCUUCCAGUCAUGGAACACAGAGGUCUUCAAAGGAGAGAAAGAAUGAUCGCAAGCAAUCUGAUAGUACUCAAUCUACACUAAAAAGAAAAAUUGAUGACUCUACUACAAAAUUAAGAGAAAUUAUGGAAUCAAAAGUCCCAACCGAUGAAUAUUCAAGAACUACAAUCGAGUUUUGA